AUGGUCACCCUCAUCUUACGUUUUGUAAGAGUGAAAGUCCAGCCAGCCUCCACGCGGCCACAACGGAACUUGACAUACACCAUGGGCGCAUCUCAGAGUGAUCAAGGAAAUACCGGCAAAGCAGAUCUCGUCACCAGAAUAAAGUCAAGAGUUGAAAGUGUAGAUCCAGUGAAGGCCAGGGAACUUGGUGGUGUAUUCCUCUUUAACAUCAUCAAAGGAACUUCGGUUUAUUCUUGGACUCUGGAUCUGAACAAGCCGACAGUGUACGAAGGUGAGCCAGAUGAUGACCCUGAUACUACAUUCACUCUCAAUGAACACUACUUCAAACAGCUGGUCUCCGGACGAGAGGAUCCGCGCGUCAUCAUGCAGGCAGGACGCUGCUCAGUCACUGGGGACAUCAUGAGGGCUAUGAAACUUGAACCAUAUAUUAAACUAGAUUAG